CGUCCCGGCCCCGCCGCGCCCGGGGCAGGCUGUACCGCGCCGAGCCGUGCUGAGCCGUGUGCCCGGGGCAGGCUGUACCGCGCCGUGCCUUGCCGACAAGACCCGUGCCGAGCCGAGCCGAGCGUGGCCGCCCCCCGAUGCGAUCCUGAGCAGCGCCGGGCCGAGGAGCGGUGCGGAGCAGGAUGCUGCCGGACGCCGCGGUGCUGCUGCUGCUGCUGCUGCUGGUCGGCCUUCGUGCGGCGGCGGCGGGAGGAGCGGCCGGAUACGCGCAGGUCAAGUACAUGCAGCCCAUGGUGAAAGGGCCCCUGGGACCCCCAUUUCGGGAAGGCAAAGGGCAGUACCUCGACAUGCCGCCGCUACUACCCAUGGACCUCAAAGGGGAGCCAGGACCACCAGGGAAGCCCGGCCCACGCGGCCCUCCCGGGCCCCCCGGCUACCCAGGAAAGCCAGGCACAGGGAAGCCGGGCAUGCACGGUCAGCCAGGGCCUGCGGGGCCCCCUGGCUUCUCUGGCAUCGGGAAACCCGGCAUCCCAGGACUGCCCGGCAAGGCGGGUAUGAAGGGGAUGCCUGGAGCCAAGGGUGAACCCGGCAUGCGGGGAGAGCAAGGGCCCAGAGGACUGCCCGGCCCCCCAGGGCUGCCAGGGCCUGCUGGCAUCUCAGUCAAUGGGAAACCAGGACCCCAGGGCGGCCCGGGGCUGCCAGGAUUUCGGGGUGAGCCUGGCCCCAAAGGGGAGCCAGGACCCCGUGGGGAGAGAGGGAUGAAGGGUGAAAAUGGAGUGGGGAAACCGGGGCUCCCAGGGCCACGAGGCAAUGGUGGCCCUCCUGGCCCUGCGGGGCCGCCGGGACCUGUCGGCGUUGGUAAACCCGGCCUUGACGGGCUGCCUGGUGCGCCGGGGGAGAAGGGUGACAUGGGCCCCCCCGGUGGGCCAGGGGUCAGUGGGGAGCCUGGCCCUGUGGGGCCACGGGGGCCGCCUGGCAUCGAUGGGAUCGGUGUCCCAGGUGCUGCAGGGGUGCCGGGGAUACAGGGCCCCAUGGGGCCGAAGGGGGAACCAGGCAUCCGCGGCCCCCCUGGUUUGCCGGGUGCCACGGGCUACGGGAAGCCAGGCUUGCCCGGCCUCAAAGGAGAUCGCGGGCAGCCCGGGGUGCCGGGAGCCAUUGGCGAUAAAGGGGAACCCGGAGUUGAUGGUGAGCCAGGCGAGCAGGGCCCUGCCGGUGUCAUUGGGCCACCAGGCCCGCCAGGGUCCAUGGGCCUACCGGGCAAGCACGGGCUGCCUGGCCCCAAGGGUGACGUGGGGCCCAGUGGGCCACCAGGAAUGCCGGGAAUGCGAGGCGACCAGGGCCCAAAUGGCUUUGCGGGGAAACCAGGAGUGCCGGGAGAAAGGGGUCUGCCCGGCUCACAGGGCCCCCCUGGCCCAACGGGCCCCAAAGGAGAACCGGGGUUCAUCGGCCUCCCAGGGGUGCCGGGAUUGACGGGCGGCCCUGGACCCAAAGGGGAUGGUGGGAUCCCGGGGCAGCCGGGGCUAAGGGGCCCCUCCGGCAUCCCCGGCUUGCAGGGACCCGCGGGGCCCAUGGGCCCUCAGGGGCUGCCGGGGCUCAAAGGGGAGCCGGGGCUUCCCGGGGUUCCCGGAGAGGGGAAGAUGGGUGAGCCCGGCAUGGCCGGCCCCAUCGGCCCACCAGGAAUGCCAGGAACACCGGGGCUCAAUGGGCCGCCCGGCCCCCCUGGGCCACCCGGGCCACCAGGAGCACCAGGGGUGUUUGACGAGACAGGCAUCGCGGGGCUGCACCUGCCCGACGGCGGCGUGGAGGGGGCCGUGCUGGGCAACGGCAAGCCAGGCAAGCCGCAGUACGGCCGAGGAGAGCUCUCUGCCCGCAUCGCGCCCGCCUUCACCGCCAUCCUCACCUCCCCCUUCCCGGCGUCCGGCAUGCCCGUCAAGUUCGACCGGACUUUGUACAACGGGCACAACGGCUACAACCCGGUCACCGGGAUAUUCACCUGCCCCAUCUCCGGCAUCUACUACUUUGCCUACCACGUGCACGUCAAAGGGACCAACGUCUGGGUGGCCCUUUAUAAGAACAACGUGCCCGCCACCUACACCUACGAUGAGUACAAAAAAGGGUACCUGGACCAGGCGUCGGGCAGUGCCGUGCUUGAACUGAAGGAGAACGACCAGGUCUGGGUACAGAUGCCCUCGGACCAGGCCAACGGGCUGUACUCCACGGAAUACAUCCACUCCUCCUUCUCUGGGUUCCUGCUUUGCCCCACAUAACGGCUGCUGUGCGCAUUUCCUUUUCACCCACUUCAGCCAUGAACUGUCUUUUUUUUUUUUUUUUUUUUUUAAUAAAAAAAUUUAAAAUUGAUACAAAAAGAAAAUCACUGGGAAGAACGCGCGAGCCGUUGUCGCGGGACCUUGCUUCACGCUGUUUGAUCCAUGAGUCAAGAGGGUCAUCAGAAAGGAGAAGUUUUUUCUUUCUUUCUUUCUUGUUAGGGGCAGGAGGAAGGGAGGGAGGGAGCAACUUUCUCAGCAAAAUGUAUUUGGAAUAGAUUUUCCUCUAAUGACUGCACAUCAGGCACAGGAACUUGCUUGGGAUGGCGAGGAUCUGGUGAUGCAGUACAUUGCUCCGUGAUCCAGAGAGGGUAGCGUGGAGGACUGCACCCCUCCGCUCUACAAUCAGCGCCCUUGUUUCCCAUCCUGAGUACAGCCAAAUAAAUACAGCGGUGGAUGCUGUAUUCGCUCACCAACACGGGGUCCCAAGCACUUAACGCAAAUGUGUGCAGCAGCAGAGAUCCUUGGUGGGUGGAGGAUUUCCUUCCUGAACCAUCCGAUGUCCAAGUUGCAGUCUCCCUGAUGCCUGUUUCUUCAAGCUGCUUUGAAGCAGCAUCUGAUUCACUCCGGAUCCAGUGUGGUUGGAUUUACAAUCAGAGAACGUGGAACACUAUGCAUAAGCACCUUCUUAGAAUAAGUAAAUAUUAUUUUUUAGCCCUUCCCCAGCAUAUUUAGGAACAAAACCAGCCAGGCAUCGGUCUCUGGGAGGACGACAGCCUGGUGGGGGGAUGUUGGGACCCCUGUGAUAACAGUGGUCCCCUCUUGCAUUAACCCAGCAAGCCCGAGGGCUGCUCCCAUCCCGCACGUUUCUUUGCAGCCCAAAGACUUGGCCUCGCAGCACGUCACUCCUUGCCAACACGCCAGCACCGCGCUGUGCCAGCAGGUGGAGUUCAGCUUUCCUGAAGGUGCCCCCCGGACAACCUGCUUGUACUGUCCCGCUGCUUCACAGCGCGUCAGCUUUCACCUGGGUAUUUCCCCCAAUUCUCUUUCUUUCAACCAAGGAGCAGUGAUCAUUCUGACCUUCCAUUCCGUCGUCGUACAACGGUGCUAUGAUCUACUUCACGAUGUUCUUGACAAGUGUAGUGCAAUAUGGUUCUGUGAGAGCG